UGCCCACCUCAGUCGUCAACUGUCAGUCAGUCAUAUAACGUCGGUGUUUCUGCGGGUGCUAGACGCGGUGGUGCAUUGGUGUAAUAAGAGUCUAAAAUAAAUAUUUAAAGAUGGCUUCAGCUACAGCUACCUAUGGACAGAAGGAGUCCUCAGACCAGAACUUUGACUACAUGUUCAAGAUCCUCAUCAUUGGAAACAGCAGCGUGGGCAAGACCAGCUUUCUGUUCCGCUACGCUGACGACUCCUUCACGCCGGCCUUCGUCAGCACGGUGGGUAUCGACUUCAAGGUGAAGACAAUCUACAGGAACGACAAGAGGAUCAAGCUACAGAUCUGGGAUACGGCAGGGCAGGAGAGGUACAGGACUAUCACCACCGCUUACUACCGCGGAGCCAUGGGCUUCAUCCUCAUGUAUGACAUCACGAAUGAGGAGUCCUUUAACGCUGUGCAGGACUGGUCAACCCAGAUCAAGACGUACUCUUGGGACAACGCGCAGGUCCUGCUGGUGGGAAACAAGUGUGACAUGGAGGAUGAGAGGGUGGUGGCAGCAGACCGGGGUAGGCAGCUCUCUGAACACUUGGGGUUCGAGUUCUUUGAGGCCAGUGCCAAGGACAACAUCAAUGUGAAGCAGACGUUCGAGCGGUUGGUGGACAUCAUCUGCGAAAAGAUGUCUGAGAGCUUGGACGCCGCCGACCCGGCCAUCACAGGGGCCAAACAAGGCCCCCAGCUUACCGAGCAGCCCGCAGCCCCCCAACAGGACUGUGCAUGCUAAAGCUUAACACCCCCCACAUCAACCCAUCCUCAGGUCCCCUCACCCUCACAACCCCCACUCACCCUUCUCCCCCCGAAUGAACCUAUCACUCCAUACGGGUGAAGUUCACUCUGUUUUUCCCAUGAUCCUCUUGUGCCCUCUGCACCCUUUACUCUGGUUGUCACUAGUUACCACAGACACAAAGUCAUAAAUAUGGCUAAACCCCACUUAUUUCUACAAUGUAAAUUCUUCAAAUCUGAUUUUUAACCUAACCUUAACCACACUGCUAACCUUAUGCUUAACCCUAACCUUAAAUUAAGACCAAAAAGCUUUUUUUUUAAUCAUACAUUUUAUUAGCCAAUUUGGUCUUUGUGGCUGUGGUAACUAAAUCAAAUAAAAUUGUAUUUGUCAUCAUGCGCCUAAAACGGGUGAAGACCUUAUAGUAAAUGCUUACUUACAAGCCCUUAACCAACAAUGCAGUAAAAAAAAAAACUUUUAAAAAAAGAAUAAGAAAUAAAAGUAACAAAUAAUUAAAGAGCAGCAGUAAAAUAACAAUAGCGAGGCUGUAUACAGGGGGUACCGGUACAGAGUCAAUGUGCGGGGACACCGGUUAGUCGAGGUAAUUAAGGUAAUAUGUACAUGUAGGUAGAGUUAUUAAAGUGAAUAUAUAUAGAUAAUAACAGAGAGUAGCAGCAGCGUAAAGAAGGGGGGGGGGGGGGGGCAAUGCAAAUAGUCUGGAUAGCUAUUUGAUUGGAUGUUCUGGGGUAUUAUGGCUUUGGGGUAGAAGCUGUUUAGAAGCCUCUUGGACCUAGACUAGACUUGACACUCCAGUACCGCUUGCUAUGCGGUUGCAGAGAGAACAGUCUAUGAGUAGGGUGGCUGGAGUCUUUGACAAUUUUUAGGGCCUGCCUCUGACACCGCCUGGUAUAGAGGUCCUGGAUGGCAGGAAGCUUGGCCCCAGUGAUGUACUGGGCCGUACGCACUACCCUCUGUAGUGCCUUGCGGUCGCAGGCCGAGCAGUUGCCAUACCAGGCAGUGAUGCAAUCAGUCAGGAUGCUCUCAAUGGUGCAGCUGUAGAACCUUUUGAGGAUCUGAGGACCCAUGCCAAAUCUUUUCAGUCUCCCAAUGGGCCUAGGUUUUGUCGUGCCCUGUUCACGACUGUCUUGGUAUGCUUGGACCAUGUUAGUUUGUUGGUGAUGUGGACACCAAGGAACUUGAAACUCUCAACCUGCUCCACUACAGCCCCUGAGAAUAGGGGUGUGCUCAGUCCUCAUUUUCCUGUAGUCCACAAUCAUCUCCUUUGUCUUGAUCACGUUGAGGGAGAGGUUGUUGUCCUGGCACCACACGGCCAGGUCUCUGAUCUCCUCCCUAUAGGCUGUCUCGUCGUUGUCAGUGAUCAGACCUACCACUGUUGUGUCAUCGGCAAACUUAAUGAUAGUGUUGGAGUUGUGCCUGGCCGUGCAGUCAUGAGUGAAAAGGGAGUACAGGAGGGGAUUGAGCACGCACCCCUGAGAGGCUCCCGUGUUGAGGAUCAGCGUGGCAGAUGUGUUGUUACCUACCCUUACCACCUGGGGGCGGUCCAUCAGGAAGUCCAGGAUCCAGUUGCAGAGGGAGGUGUUUAGUCCCAGGGCCCUUAGCUUAGUGUUGAGCUUUGAGAGCACUAUGGUGUUGAACGCUGAGCUAUAGUCAAUGAAUAGCAUUCUCACAUAGGUGUUCCUUUUGUCCAGGUGGGAAAGGGCAGUGUGGAGUGCAAUAGAGAUUGCAUCAUCUGUGGAUCUGUUAGGGCGGUAUGCAAAUUGGAGUGGGUCUAGGGUUUCUGGGAUAAUGGUGUUGAUGUGAGCCAUGACCAGCCUUUCAAAGCACUUCAUGGCUACAAACGUGAGCACUACGGGUCGGUUGUCAUUUAGGCAGGUUACCUUAGUGUUCUUGGGCACAGGGACUAUGGUGGUCUGCUUGAAACAUGUUGGUAUUACAGACUCCGACAGGGAGAGGUUGAAAAUGUCAGUGAAGACACUUGCCAGUUGGUCAGUGCAUGCUCUGAGUACACGUCUUUGUAAUCCGCCUGUCCCUGCGGCCUUGUGAAUGUUAACCUGUUUAAAGGUCUUACUCACAUCGGCUGCGGAGAGCGUGAUCAGACAGUCGUCCGGAACAGCUGAUGCUCUCAUGCAUGUUUCAGUGUUACUUGCCUCGAAGCGAGCAUAGAGGUUAUUUAGCUUGUCUGGUAGGCUCAUGUCACUGGGCAGCUCUCGGCUGUGCUUCCCUUUGUAGUCUGUAAUAGUUUGCAAGCCCUGCCACAUCCGAUGAGCGUCAGAGCCGGUGUAGUACGAUUCGAUCUAAGUCCUGUAUUGACGCUUUGCCUGAUUGAUGGUUCGUCGGAGGGCAUAGCGGGAUUUCUUAUAAGCUUCCCGCUCCUUGAAAGCGGCAGCUCAGUGCGGAUGUUGCCUGUAAUCCAUGGCUUCUGGUUGGGGUAUGUACGCACAGUCACUGUGGGGACGACGUCAUCGAUGCACUUAUUGAUGAAGCCAGUGACUGAUGUGGUGUACUCGCACAUUUAACAUGCUGGUAGAAAUUUGGUCAAAUGGAUUUAAGUUUCACUGCAUCAAAAUCCCCGGCUACUAGCUGCGCCGCCUCUGGAUUAGCGUUUUCCUGUUUGCUUAUGACAGUAUACAGCUCAUUGAGUGCGGUCUUAGUGCCAGCAUUUGUCUGUGGUAGUAUGUAGACAGCUAUGAAAAAUUCAGAUGAAAACUCUCUAGGUAGAUAGUGUGGUCUACAGCUUAUCAUGAGAUACUCUACCUCAGGUGAGCAAAACCUUAAGUCUUCCUUAGAUAUUGUGCACCAGCUGUUGUUUACAAAUAUACAUAGUUCGCCACCCCUUGUCUUACCAUAGGCUGCUGUUCUAUCCUGCCGAUACAGUGUAUAACCCGCCAGCUAUAUGUUAUUUAUGUCGUCAUUCAGCCAAGACUCAGUGAAACAUAAGAUAUUACCAUUUUUAAUGUCCCGUUGGUAGUUUAAUCUUGCUCGUAGGUCAUCGAUUUUAUUUUCCAAUGAUUGCAUGUUGGCCAAUAGAACGGAUGACAGUGACAACUAGUAACUCUUUACUCUUCUCCUGACUGUGGUCAUGAUGGAGUUCUCUAUCCAAAGUGUGUCCCAAAUCCUUAUCAUUGUUUAUCUUUUUUUCUCUCAGAUUAAUGCUUUUCUGAUAUCAGCCUUUGUUGGGGACCGAUGGGAAUGCCAUAUUAAACUAUGUGUUGUCAUAAAAAGGUCAAUAAUUUGGAAACAAUUGUGUUGAUAUUGAAGCCUAGUACAUAUAUAUACUGGUCUUUUCCCUCCUCUCUGUGUGAAAUAUAGGUAAACAUAUUUAAUUUACAUCAGUCAUUGUUUUGUUGUUGUUGUGUGUAUUUAUUAGAAUCCCCAAAUAGCUGCUGCUGAGGCAGAGGCUACUCUUCCUGGCCUCCAAAAAGGAAACAACAUAGACGUUUCAACACCAUUCCUUAUUCCAGUCUCAAAUUUUUGUCCAAUCAGCCUUUAUUUUUGUAUACUGGUACCUCUUUCUUUUUUAAAGCUUUUCGUACAUAAAAAAAACCUGUAAGGAAUAACGAACAAAUUAUACAUAAGUUUAAAAAACACAGACACAUCUUUAUUUAUUUUUGUUUUAAAUGUUUAUGUAAAUAAUGUGCAGUACAAGAUAUCUAUGGUAUACAUUUAAAAAAAUGUAUUUUUCUUUUAGUAUAAAUGAAGAUGUAUCAAAAAUUUAAGAUCAAUGUUGUAUAUUUUCUCUGGAUCCAUUUAUUUAUUGUUUAAUUAAUUUCAUUGUCACCCCCCUUUAGCCCAUUUAGACAGAACUUCACAGCUCCUACUAGCCCCUCAGAUACGUACAAAUACACUCACUAAUAGCAGUUAAGAUGAAUGCUAGUUUGCAUGGAAAAAGGCUGAAGCCACAAAAGCAGAGCAUACUAUAGCUGCAGUGUGUCACCAUCGCUCACCGUUUACAUCCGUUUCAAUUAUCUUGUUUCAAAUAUUUGGGAGAAAUAAUGAAUUGCAGUGUGCAUGUUACAUCAGAGGCAAUACUUGCCUACAUAUGACUUGAAAUAGGCUAAAUGAGACUGCACAAGUGAGAUAAGAUUAAAAAGAGAAAUCAUACUAUCACACAUCCUGUACAAUAACAUAGGUUAUACAUAGCACGUUUCCAUCUAAAUGAGAGAAUAUAUUACUAAUUGUAUGUGAUCGAAACCACUAUCUUCCUUAAGCCUUUCAUUAUGUUUACGAGUCGACUUUCCUAUGUUGUUGACCAAUGGUUGUUUCAAUGGCCUUUACUAGAGCACGGAUGAGUGCGAAACAGUCAUACAGGUAGAUCAGUCUUUCAAUCAUCCUCAGUAGAUGAAGAGGUCAAAUUUAUACUUCACUGAGUCAGCUAAUGUGGCAGCUAAUGUAGGACGAUAAUGAUAAUUGUGUAACACUAAUAAUAAAAUAAUACUACUGUAGUAACGAUUACAAUAACAACAGUAUCGGAUCAUCGGGAACUUGAGUACCUUGCAGUUCAGCAUACAUUUUCAAUAUCAUUUUCUAUACCACAUGGCUGUGAGUUCUCAGUAGUAUCCAGAGAUCCCCCUCUGUAAACUGUCCUCCUCCUUUCCAAUACGGUCUUCCUUUCUAUGAAACAAACUGUAAAUACAUUUUAGUUAUAUAUGUUUAAUGUGUGGAUUGCGUUGUAUUGACUCCAGGCUUGCAAAACAAAAAGGAAAAAAAGCUGUAACUUUCUUUAUUAUAAAGCAAUACAAUACAAAUAGAAAUUCCGUACUUGAUGAUUAAUAUAUUUAUUAUUUUUAAAGGUUUAGUACCUCAGGUUCAUUUGGAAAGUGUCGGGUCAGUUUGUCCUCACUGCUAUUUCUAGGUAGUAUGGAACUGAAUUAGUGGAUUUAUUGCAUUUGUGGUGAGAAAUCUUGUAUCAGAGAUGGCACCAAAGUAAAAAAAAAAAAAGUACUAUAAGAGUAUUUUUGAGCUGAUGUUUUUAUUCUUUGCUUAGAUGGCAACCUAGUGUUUCCAAACCGACCAAUAAGGUUUGCGUUGUCAUGAAGGUAUUGUAAUUUUAGAAAAAGACCCCAAGUGUUGCUUGUUUUUGGAAUUUAUUUAAUCGUUUUAUUUUUGUUCUUUUUUUUAUUAUGCAUCCACCAAACACUGUUCUGCAAAGUACUGUUGACUUGGUUUACAUAGAUUUUUACUUUGUUUUUCAAUUGUGAGAAUACAACAACUAUUAUGCAGUAGUUUGUGUAAUAUAACAAAAAGGGAAUAUGGUGUCAAAAUGUUAAAUUGUGAACAUUACCAAAUCUACUGAACAUGUGGAAUUCAAUGACAAAAAUACAAGUUUGUGCUGUUACAAUA